UACAUUUUACUGUCGCCGUUUCACUCCAUUGCUCAGUGUGUGGUGAUGCAAUGAUAGCCAGGAGCGUGGACUCGUGAACUGAGGGUCCAUAUUUACUUUUUAUCGGCGACUUGUUUUAAGUUAUCUCUGUAAUAAAACCGUUCAAAAUGAGCUGACGCUAACGGUGGUUCUUCAGGCUGAGACUGUAAACGGUAUUUACUCUUCCCCUCCGGUUGCCUAAAGGUUAUCCGUAACGUUCGCUACAUUUCGACGUCGACGAAAAGACUCCAUUCAGAAUAGUUCGAAAGAAGAAGAAACCAUAUUGAAGUCGUUAUCAGCACUGCGUGUAGGCUUUUUGAUUACCCAAAGUAACCGGAACUGAUUUCAGUACUUGCAGACUGUGUACUUUAUGUAAAUAUACUUCCAAGUGGACAUGCUCAGACUUACCUCAUACAGAAACACAUCGCGGUAUAGUCGGAGGUGUCGAGGAUGAAAAUCCUGAAUUUGUCCUUUGCUGCAUCUGGUUUCUUGGGGAUCUACCACCUGGGUGUUGUGGAGGCUUUUUUGCGCCAUGGGGAUAAGCUUCUGGGCUCCCUCAGGGCCUGUGCUGGGGCCUCAGCUGGGGCCCUGGUGGCUGCUGUAAUGAUAACUGCACCUGACAAGUUAGAGCACUGUAAACAGUUCACGUACGGGUUUGCCGACAGUGUGAGACAACAACAGUUUGGUGCAGUCACGCCAGGAUACAACUUCAUGCUAACGUUACGGGAAGGGAUAGAAGAGAUUCUCCCCAACGAGGCUCACAGUCUGGCCAAUGACCGCCUGCACAUCUCAAUGACACACUUCAAAAGUGGCAAGAACUACAUUGUAUCUAGGUUCACCACCAGGGAGGAGCUCGUAAAGGCUCUACUAGCCAGCAGCUAUGUACCCAUCUAUGCUGGACUGAAACCAGUGGAAUUCAGAGGACAGAAAUGGAUUGAUGGAGGGUUUACUGACAGCCUGCCAAUUCUGCCUGUGGGACGAACCAUCACUGUAUCUCCCUUUGCUGGAGUGCAAGAUGUAUGUCCUGUCCACAGGGGGAACUUCAAAACUCAACUCAGACUGGCCAACAUGAACGUAAUGCUGUCAAUGGAGAACAUCAAACGUCUGAACCAGUCUCUGUUCCCUCCCUCCACCAGCAACAUGCAGUCUUUAUGUGAAGAAGGUUUCAGUGAUACUGUGAGGUUCCUAAAGAGAGAGGCCUGGAUGAGCUUGACAGUCAGCUAACCUCAUGGAAAGAACCUGAACAUGCACUGAAGUACCAUUUACAUGAAUGUGAAAAGGAAUUUUAUGGAUUAUACUGUGUAUAAUUUUGGUUUGAUUUUAGUUUUUUAAAAUUUCAAGACCGGAUCAGUGAACACUUUCUGUGUGCACAUAUGCUCUGCUUAUAUUUAUCGCAUGUUCUCUGGAGACAUACAUCUUGUUGCUUCACAUUGUUGUUCAUUUUUUGGUGUAAAAUGAGUGAUAAAAUUACGAAUACAAAUAUGAAAAUAAACUAACAAAUUAGUAAUAUUCA